CUCACCUUUCCUUGCCAGAGAUUUUGAGAACAGCCUCUGUGUUGCCUCCAAAUGAAGAAAUUGAAAAACGCUUGCGAAAAUACGUGAUGAGGAAUGUCCUGAGGAAGAUUGAUGAUAACCAGCCACUAGAUUAUUUGUCAGAGCUACGUCCUGUUACCAUUGUUUUUGUGAAUAUGCAGUUUGAAGAAAAUGCCAACACACACCAUCUGUGUAAGGCUGUCCAAGAUGCCAACAGUAUGAUCACUGGAACAAUAUUACCCCUCGGUGGCAAGAUUAAUAAAGUCUUCAUGUUUGACAAAGGCUGUACUUUUCUUUGCAUCUUUGGUCUUCCUGGAGAUAAACAAGCCGAUGAAAGCACGAAUGCUCUCGAUAGUGCCCAUAAAAUUCAUGCUUUCUGUUCCACAGCACUCAUGAAAGUAAAGAUUGUCUCUAUUGGGGUCACCGGUGGACCAGUUUUCUGUGGAGUGGUUGGUCAUCGUGUGAGGCAUGAAUAUACAGUGAUUGGGCGGAAAGUUAACCUUGCUGCACGGUUGAUGAUGUUUUAUCCAGGAUUAGUAAGCUGUGAUGCACUCACUUAUUCCAAAUCCAAACUGCCACCCUACUUCUUUGAAGAACUCCCAUUUGUUGAGAUGAAAGGUGUUGUGAAUCCUGGGACAGUCUAUCAAUUUCUUGGUAUUACGGAGAAAACGAUUGUGGCAAUGGAGCUGACAAAGAUAAAUGCAUGGCAGAACUUCUUUGCUGUCCGGACACUGAUGGCUAUGUUCUUGGGGGUUGAUGUCUGUAAAACCUAUGAUGCAAGACAAUACAUCCUUCUGAGCAAAUUGCGUGGAGUUAUAGAAGAACAAUAUCUAUGCCUUUUCAACAACCUUUUUCAUGUUAAGUUUCCUACAUCAGAAGUGGUUUCCCAAAUGGACAAUGACAGAAAGAAUAAGGAGAUUGAAAUAAUGCUUUUAAAAAUUCUAGUUAAUGCAGCAGAAAAGGAAGUCCUCAUUUUUGCAAUUGAUGAAGCUCAGUUUAUUGAUAAAGCCUCUUGGGAUUUCUUGGAUAACUUGCUUAAGCGUGUUCCGAUCUUUGUUGUCAUGGCUUUGUCUCCUAUCAACAUCAAGGGACGACUGCUCUGUUCCAGUGCAGCCCAAAUCCUGAACAGUCCCAACACAACUUUUGUUCAGCUAAGGGAGCUAACUCCUUCAGUAAUUAUUCAGAAAGCCUGCCAAGACCUUGGAGUGGUCAGUAUCACCAGGGAGCUUGAAACAUUUUUAAUACAAAGAAGUCAUGGAAACCCAUUUUACUGUGAAGAACUUCUCCGAAACCUCCACUUAAACCAUGUGCUUCAGUUCCAUGUGCUGGAGGAGGAUGAAGAGAAAGAGGAUGAGUGGGACAGCCUUUUCACCACCACUGUUCUCAAGACUCAAGCAUCCAAAAUCUUUGAGGAAGAGACUGAAUCAUAUAUUUGCACAGUCAGGCAAAAUGUGAAGCUUACCACCAUCAUGCUCCCUCCAACAUUAAAAGAUCUUGGAUUAGUUAUUUCCAAUAGGCUUAAGCAAGAGGAGGCUGUGAUGCAUUGCAAAAUCAUGGAGUUCUGCACACCACUAUUACAAGAAGCAGCCUAUGAGCUAUGGCUUAAGAACCAGAAAAAAGCCUUGCAUCUCAAAUGUGCCAGUUACCUGAAGUGGCUAGCUCACCGAUGCAAGUGUUGUGGGGAAGGAGAUUUCAUUCCUUAUCACCGGUAUGCAGUAGAUGGCAUGCUUCAAAAAUUAGAUACACAGGUAUAUAAAGCUAAGAACAUCAAGGAGAAUUCAUUGAAUGAAGCUGCCGUGAUCCUUGUUUCUGAAACACUGAAAAAAUUGGAAGCAUCCUACCAGGAAGGUGCCGAGAAUCAAGAGAAGAAAGAUGAAUUGUCUCCAUCAUCAUAUAAAACAGGAUUUUCCCAAAAGGGAGAAAAAACAGCUUAUUCUAUGUUCUUCAAUGCUGGACAUCCUAGUCUUACUGCUCUGAUGGAAUCAAGUGGUGAUACACUUGCAGAAUGGAAGGAUUCUAGAAUUAAAAAACGUCAGCUUACUAGAGGAGACACUCUGCGGUCGACCUUCAUCCUGCAAGACUCUUUUAGAGCUGAAGAUACAGAACUGGAAUUUCUAAAAAGAAUGGAUGAAAUAAUCUUGCUUACUGGGAUGGGCAAGAAAAGGAUCAAGACCCUGGGCUCCCAGGACUGUGAAUGCAAAGAGAUUGUGGAGUCUGUCACUGUGCCUUUAUAUCAGCACUGCUUGGCUCUGGGCGAUCACGGUCCAGCUUUUUAUUACCUGAUGGAAUCUGCAUCUGCUUAUGUAAACCUCUCCAACAACUACAUGGCCUUUACAUAUCUGAAUACAGCAGAGAGCCUCUUGAGAUCUUUGGAAUACAAGCAUAAAGUCAUUAGCCGAUUUGAGGAAUCCAUUUUGUACAGCCUGAAGGGAGAGGUCUGUUACAAUAUGGGUCAAAUUACUUUGGCAAAAAAACUGAUGAAGAAGGCCUUGAGCUUACUGAAGAGAAGCUUCCCAAUAACCAUUGUAGGAGCCUUUUUUAUGUCUAUGGUGGAAACCUCCAAACAUUUGUCUCAUCAGAAGAAACAAACUUUAUGGCAAUUACACAGUGGCAGGGAGAAGAGACUAGCGGCUCUGUUCCAGCAAGGUCACUGUCUCUCCCUGCUGUGGCAGCUCUACAGCCUGGAUGUUGCCAGAACCAGCAAGAAGUUCUCCCGUUUGGCAGCCCUCAUGCAGGUGAACUGUGCAGAGGAGUCUCAAGAUGAAUCUCAGAUAAUCUCCUCCUACAUGGAUUUCUCCCUCUGCUGUCAAAUGAUGGGUUGUCAACAUGAAUGGAUGAAAUAUGAGUUAAUGGCCAUCAAACGUAGUUCUCAUCUUCAAGUUGUUGGAGAAGGGUUACUGACAAUUGCUAAGCUGGCAUUAUCACUGGCUUACAUGAAGAUUUGCUUGGGGAACAUGCCCUUAGCCAUCCAACUGGGUUAUCGGGCACAUGAACUAUGUGAACAGCUGAAGAAACCUAACCUUGACUGUACUGUUCUCCAUGACCUUUUCAAAGCUCUUUUUCUCAGCACCAGAUAUCAGGAUUCUGUGCAAGUGUUAAGUUGGCUAGAAGAACUCGCCAUUCGAGAUGACAAUGUCAUUGGGCAGUCCCUCUUCAUUUCGGCCUGUCUGAACGUUAUACUUUACGCUGGAUUUUCUUUUAAGCCAUUUCAGUACUGCCAGGAUUUUAUUCUCGCUAAUGAAACAAACUGCAUCCUUAUGUCUCAAAACAACAUCAUGUUGGGCCUGUAUUCUUCUCUGGCAAUUUGGUUUGCGAGACUUCAACACUGGGAUAAAUUCAUAGUACCAUUUGAAAAAGCAAGGCGGUUAGUGAGGAGAACAUCUGCUUCUCUCUGUGCUAACCAUGGAUUCUGCAAGUUGGUGGAGUGUGAGUCUCUGUUGUUAAGAAAAUAUAUUGAAGAGAGGCCUGACAAAGUCCGUGAGAUGCGUAACAGGAUAACAAAGGAGUGGUGGUUCACUGGAAGAAACCCCAUGGAAGAUUUUUGGUUAAAGACAGUUCCAGAUUUCCCUGUAUGGAAUGUAAAAAUGACAGCUCAAGAGAUGGGAGCUUUUCAUAAAAACAUGUAUUUGCUGAAGGUGCCAGAACUGGAUAUAAACAAUCCAUUCCCAGAAAGUACCAUAGAAGAAUAAUAGCGAACUGCCCAGUUGUCAGGAAAUCUCCUCUGAAACAAAUUUUGGUGCAUUUGUUCUCUUGUACAAGCUCCACCUUUUCCUGUGUUAAAUCCAGGUUCUAGCAUUUGGUUUGUCUGUUCUACUUUUUAAAUUUCAUAUCAAUAGAAGUCCUUUUAUCCUUCAGCACUUUAUUAUUCUUUACUAGAAUUAUAUCCCAGCUUUCAGGUUGCUCAUUCUUCAAAAGCAACUCGCAAGUAAUUUCAACAAUGAUUAACUCUUGAGACUUUUCAGUAAUACUGUAUGUUGAAAUAUUUGGACAGUAGUUACAUAUGGUCUAAUGAUUUGCAUUCCAUAAAAACUCCCCAAUUCAUAUUUGUUGGUCCUUAAGCAAAACAACUAAAAAAAAAAGACUCAAAUAGAUAUAAACAACAACUGUAAAAUUUUAAAGCAAAAUAUAGACAUCUAAGUAGUAGUUAGUAGUUGGGGAAAAAAAGAAGGGGUAGAGUGCACUGGAAUGCUAUUUUUACAAUGAUUUUUUUUUAUUACACUAUGUCUUCUUGCAUCUCCAUUUUUAUAUCCAAUUUGUAUAGUACUUCUGCAAUAAUAAAACUAAUCAAACCAUUAAAAAACUAUUUCAGAAACAUAGUUAUGGUUGGGGGCUUGUCUGGAAAAUUCUUAGCCAUUCUACUCCCUUCAGUAUAAAUCUAGGAAAACUAGAAAGAAAGUUGCUUUUGGAUCUUCCUUCCCAAAGUGCAGAACACAAAAUUUAACAAACGUUGUUAAUCUUGAAAUAUUAAGGGCAGCUAUGUAACUGUGCAAUCUUACAUAUGUGGAAGGUUUAUGAGUAACUACCUUAUUAAACAUCUACAGCCAAAUCUCGAGAUGUUAAAAAAAAGUGUAUGGGGGAAGGGAAAUGAAUAGAACGCACA